AUGGAAGCCCCAGAACAGCAGCCGGACCCCGACGGAGGGGACGCCCUGGGCCCCGAGCCGGGGGGCAGCCCCCAGGACGAGCUGGACUUCUCCAUCCUCUUCAACUAUGAGUAUAUGAACCCUAUCGAAGAAGAACCGAAUGCACAUAAGGUCGCCAGCCCACACUCCGGACUUGCAUACCAUGAUGAUGUCCUGGACUAUGGCCUCAAGCCAUACAACCCCCUCGCCAGUCUCUCUGGCGAGUCCCCCGGCCGAUUCGGAGAGCCGGAUAGGGUAGGGCCCCAGAACUUUCUGAGCCCGGCCAAGCCAGCGGGGGCCUCGGGCCUGAGCCCUCGGAUCGAGAUCACUCCGUCCCACGAACUGAUGCAGGCAGGGGGGGGCCUCCGCAUGAGAGACACUGGCCUCCUGGGGGAGCAGGCGCCCCUGGCGGGGGCGGCCGCCAGCCCGAGGUUCACCCUGCCCGUGCCCGGCUUCGAGGGCUACCGCGAGCAGCCGCUUUGCUUGAGCCCCGCUAGCAGCGGCUCCUCUGCCAGCUUCAUUUCCGAAACCUUCUCCCCCUACACCUCGCCCUGCGUCUCGCCCAAUAACGGCGGGCCCGACGACCUGUGUCCCCAGUUUCAAAACAUCCCUGCUCAUUAUUCCCCCAGAACCUCGCCAAUAAUGUCACCUCGAACCAGCUUCGCUGAGGACAGCUGCCUGGGCCGCCACUCGCCCGUGCCCCGUCCGGCCUCCCGCUCCUCGUCGCCUGGUGCCAAGCGGAGGCAUUCGUGUGCUGGGGCCUUGGUUGCCCCGCUGCCCGGAGCCUCACCCCAGCACUCCCGCAGCCCCUCACCGCAGCCCCAGGACGACGGCGCCCCCGCUGGGUACCCCCCAACGGCUGGCUCUGCCAUCCUCAUGGAUGCUCUCAACAGCCUCGCCCCGGACUCGCCUUGUGGGAUCCCCCCGAAGAUGUGGAAGACCAGCCCCGACCCGUCACCGGUGUCUGCCGCCCAGCCCAAGGCCGGCCUGCCCCGCCACAUCUACCCGGCCAUGGAGUUCCUGGGGCCCUGCGAGCAGGAGGAGAGGAGGAACUCGGCUCCCGAGUCCAUCUUGCUGAUGCCCCCGACGUGGCCCAAGCCGCUGGUGCCUGCUAUUCCCAUCUGCAGUAUCCCAGUGACUGCAUCCCUUCCUCCACUUGAAUGGCCACUCUCCCACCAGUCAGGCUCCUAUGAGCUUCGGAUUGAGGUGCAGCCCAAGCCACAUCACCGGGCCCACUAUGAGACAGAAGGCAGCCGAGGGGCCGUCAAAGCGCCAACCGGUGGCCACCCUGUGGUUCAGCUCCACGGCUACAUGGAAAACAAGCCCCUGGGGCUUCAGAUCUUCAUUGGGACGGCCGAUGAGCGGAUCCUUAAACCCCACGCCUUCUACCAGGUGCACCGGAUCACGGGAAAAACUGUCACCACCACCAGCUACGAGAAGAUCGUCGGCAACACCAAAGUCCUGGAGAUCCCGCUGGAGCCAAAAAACAACAUGAGGGCGACCAUCGACUGCGCGGGCAUCCUGAAGCUGAGAAACGCUGACAUUGAGCUGCGCAAAGGCGAGACGGACAUCGGCAGGAAGAACACGCGGGUGAGGCUGGUGUUCCGGGUGCACAUUCCCGAGGCCAGCGGGAGGAUCGUCUCCCUGCAGACGGCGUCGAACCCCAUCGAGUGCUCCCAGCGCUCCGCCCACGAGCUGCCCAUGGUGGAGAGACAAGACAUCGACAGCUGCCUGGUGUACGGGGGCCAGCAGAUGAUUCUCACGGGCCAGAACUUCACGGCCGAGUCCAAGGUCGUGUUCACGGAGAAGACCACAGAUGGGCAGCAGAUCUGGGAGAUGGAGGCCACCGUGGAUAAAGACAAGAGCCAGCCUAACAUGCUUUUUGUUGAGAUCCCCGAGUACCGGAACAAGCACGUCCGCACGUCGGUGAAGGUGAACUUCUACGUCAUCAACGGGAAGAGAAAACGAAGUCAGCCUCAGCACUUUACCUACCACCCAGUCCCAGCCAUCAAGACAGAGCCCACGGAUGAAUAUGACCCCACCUUGAUCUGCAGUCCCGCCCACGGGGGCCUGGGGAGCCAGCCUUACUACCCACAGCACCCCAGGGUGGCCGAGUCCCCCUCAUGCCUCGUGGCCACCAUGGCUCCCUGCCAGCAAUUCCGCUCAGGGCUCUCGUCCCCUGAUGCCCGCUACCAGCAGCAGAACCCAGCGGCUGUCCUGUAUCAACGGAGUAAGAGCCUGAGCCCCAGCCUGCUGGGCUACCAGCAGCCAGCCCUCAUGGCCACACCCCUGGCCCUCGCGGACGCCCACCGUUCCGUGCUGGUGCACGCCGGCUCCCAGGGCCAAAGCCCGGCCCUGCUGCACUCCUCUCCCGCCAACCAGCAGGCCUCGCCGGUGAUCCACUACUCACCUACCAACCAGCAGCUGCGCUGCGGGAGCCACCAGGAGUUCCAGCACAUCAUGUACUGCGAGAAUUUCCCAGCCGGCACCGCCAGGCCCGGCCCACCCCCCGUCAGUCAAGGUCAGAGGCUGAGCCCGGGGUCCUACCCCACGGUCAUUCAGCAGCAGAAUGCCACAAGCCAAAGAGCCGCCAAAAACGGACCCCCGGUCAGUGACCAAAAGGAAGUAUUACCUGCAGGAGUGACAAUUAAACAGGAACAGAACUUGGAUCAGACCUACUUGGAUGACGAGCUGAUAGACACAAACCUUAGCUGGAUACAAAACAUAUUAUGAAACAGAAUGACUGUGAUCUUUGAUCCGAGAAAUCAAAGUUAAAGGUAAUUCAUAUCUUCUGCCUCUCCUUUCGUUUUCCAGCUGUGUGUUUCCUUAACUUGAA